ACGGGGCAAAUGGCAAUUGAAACACACCACCAAAUGCAUGCGUCGGACAUAAGGUAGAGGCCCCAACUACCAAUAUGCUAAGGUGGAAAUUGAGUGAGGUGCAAGAACGCUAUGAAGCACAGUGGCCGAAUGGUUGGUAUUGUGGCAACAGCAAAUAGCUCAUACAGCUCAUUGCUCGGCUCAAUGUGAUAAGUGUCGCGCAACGCCGGAAAAUAUUAGCUUCGACGGACCUGUUCCCAUUGAGUGCGAUUCAGUGCUUGAGACCGGUUCAAAUUGAUUGAAGCAAAAGUGCGGCGUUACGUUGACGUGCGGAUGUGUGAACGAAUGUGAACGGAUUCGUCAACUUAACGAGCGAUGGUACUACGGUGUGUUUACUAAAAGGAAAGCGAUCGGGAAUGAAAAAUAAUUCAAAUUGAAAUAAAGUAAAUAAACGCAAAAAUAUAAAAAUAUUCAAAGAAGACCACAUAUGUCAUUUGCAAGUAAAUAUAGUAAACUGGAGUGUAGUGAAAUCAAGUGCGAAAAAGUGAAAAAAGUAAAUAAAUGAGUACAAAAAAAUAUUAAAAAAAAAUUUUAAAUACGUAAAAUAUGAAUGUAUAUUGAAAAGAUUAUCAUGGCAAAAGCAAAAUUAGUAAACUAUUUUUGAAAAAAAAAAAAAAAUAGCCGAGCGUUCACAAGCAACAAAAAAUUAAAAAAAAAAACAAAAAGCGAGAAAUCAUUUAAUGGUUAAAGGAAAAGCGCGCAUAAAUAAAUGUUCGAAUAUCAUAUGAUUUUGGUUUCACUUGCACGCGCACGGUGUGUGCUAAGGUUUAGUUACUGCAAUUGACUUCAAUCACAUGUGACAACAGCAGAAGAUAAGAGGAGAACAGUUGGGAAUCACAGCAAAAGGAUACAGAGUUGAAGGAUAUGGGACAAAAAAUGUGUCGCCACAUCAGAUUGUGUUGAAAAUUCGUACACACAUAGUGAUAAUCGUAUAAAUGAUUGCAUGCACAUAUAAAACAACAAAGUAAAAGUACAAUUUCGUAUACAAAUUUGUAUGUGUGUGUGCAAGUGUAUGCACGGGAAUAAAAUUUAAAACACCAGGAGCUUACAGGACGACGAGUGUUGAAUUGGGUAGAAACGGUUUCAAUCUCACAAAAUAUACAUUGUAAGUUGAACAGCAGACAGAUAGACAAACAAACACAUACAUAUACACACACACUGCGGUAUGCAUACAAACUAAUCCUCUGCCAAGCGAUAAAAACUAAAAAGUAUAGCAAAAACUACAACAAAAAUUACUUUUAGAAAGUUUAGACAAAAAAAAGUAGAGAAACAAACACAGUAGAGAAAAGUGCAAAACAAAAAGUAAAUAAAAUGCCUGCCAUAACAAGUGAAAUAUCAACGCCCGCGCCAACCCGCAGCUUACGACCAAUCAGGUCGGCAGUGGCUACAGCUGCGACAGCAGCCACCUCAAUGUUCACAUCAGCAAUAGCGGCAGCAGCGGCAACAGCUGCGACAGCAUCAUCCUUAUCGAAAACAACAAUAACAACAGCAAGGGAGACACCAUCCAGCAACAGCUACAGCCAGAAUAGCAUAUCAACUCAACAACCGGAUACUUUGGAACGACGACUGCAACCAGAUGUCGAUACAGUUACCGGAAGUGGAAGUAGAGUAGGCGUAAAUGUCGAUCGAACCACUGCACUGCCCAACCGCCUCGCCAAUAUACUGUUAUCCAAUUUUCUGCCUGCCACAAAUACCAGCAGUCCUAGUAGUACCAGGAGCAGCAGUAGUGGCGGCGGUAGCCGUACUUCAGUCACAUAUCCAAUCUUCCGGCCGCCUAGCAUAGAAAAUCUUGUCGCAAACUCAGCUGAGGAUUUGAACGACUUUCGUGAUGUGUCCUUCGAUAUAUUCGACGACAAUGACGAUUUGUUUGGCUCACCAUUGGCAUUUGAUGCUAGCGAAAAUGGUUUGUGGAAUGGACGUUUUGUGCCGCCACCACCGCGGCCACCCUUCUUUGUCGAUGAGCCAGUGCUGAGUGAUGGACUGACAACGUGUGAUUUGUGCUCAUGGGCUAUGCCUACGAAGAGUACAUUCAUAUUCGAGGGCACAAUAGAAAAAGCCUCCGAAUUGGGUUGGCCCUUGACGCUGAUCAUCGUUUCGGUGCUUUCGGCGUUGCUUGGCGCAAUCGUCAUGGUGACGGUUGUACGUUGCAGAAGAAAAAAACCGACGAACAACCGUAAUGAAACGCACGUGCAAUGGUGGUCACGCAACAAGCGUUCAAACGGCAGCAAUAAUAACAAUCACUUGCGACGCAGCAACAUUUACACAGCACAUCCAGCGGACAGUAUUCGUGGGUUGCAGCAGCCAUCGCUAUCGGCAGCCUCAUCGCUUACCACAAUGACCGCAAUGGGCGCAUCAGCGGCACCCCUCCAUUCUACGGCGGUCACACCGAAUGCAACACAGCCGCCACAGCUGUCCCACCAACAACAACAACAACAGCAGCAAUAUUACCAUCAUCCAUAUAAUCAGCAUGCACUUCAACCUCCGCUACCCCGCAGCCUCAGCGGCCAUCAGCGCGCACCCGAUUAUGAAUACGAGCACGAAUACCAUCAACCACAGGAAUUACAAUUACAACUGCAGCAUCAACGCCAACACAGUUCGUCGAUGUCAUCCGUGUCCGACUCACCAACAUUGCCGGUGGCGAAUAGUAUCAAACCGAGGCAGCUGCAAUUGCAACACCAGCCGCUGCAACACCAUUUGCAACAAAAUGCUGCACACAAUGUGGCCGAUGGUGUGACCGUUGGCUUUGGUGGGGGUGUGGUUGGUGUUGGUGUGGGCCGACGUGGUGCAUCCGAAUUGUGCGAUGACGCGUCAUGUCGGUGGCCGAACGCGACAAUUGUGGUGGCCAGCUGAGUGGAAGCGCAUAAAUGCAAUACGCCAGCGACGAUGAGUGGCGCAAUGGCGCUGCUGCCUGUGAAUCCGAAUCGGGAUCAUCAUCAACACAAACAGCAGCAGCAGCAACGUGUUGUAGAGCCAUCUGAAUUUGUAUGGACGAAAUCAUGCAGUUCCGAGCAACUGAAGAAUGACUGGAUAUGGCAUUGAGGGCAGCAGCCAUAAGAACAGCGAUGAAAUGAACGAUGAAAUUCGUAAUCAUCAAGCAAAGACAAAGAGAACAUAGGACGUGUGUUUAGGCGAAGGGCGAGGUUGUGUAAAUUCUAGUUUUGCAUAAAUAUUUAGUAGAACUUUUGGGACAUGAAUAUUGAUGCCAUUACUGUAGGAUGACAAUCGAACUCCCAAUAAAAUACAUAUUUUGAGAUUUUAACAGCGAAAAUUUAAAGAAAGCGUCCAGGAGUUAUUAAACGCUAGAUUAUUAAAAUCGUGGAGAGAGCGAUCAAGAGUUGGAAACGAUCUACGUAUGAAUGUAUGAAUGUGAAGGACAUUCGAUUAUAAGUACAGUCGAAAAGUUAUUUUACCCACUAUCCGUACGCCUUUGAAUUUCACUUGAUUUUUUGAACCACAAAGAGCCCAUAUUAGAUACACUCAUCCCUUUAAAUUUGGCGUAGCAAAAUAUGCAUAUCGUGCCUAUUUUUCACUUAUCUGAUGUGUAAAUAUUUCCCUUUACGGGGUCCCCUUAGCAAGCCAGACCGGUUGAGAAGGCUUUAGUGUGUAAACGAUUUAUUGUCGUCAUCUAGUGAGAAAUACAUUAAUAAACCAGAUACCUUUAGAGAAGAUGAGCUAUCUAGAUAUGUGAUCUGGAAGCGGACUUGUUUAUAGUAAAUGCUCUUCUAUAUAGUUGGAGGGCUUAGGCUUGGUUUCAGACACUUUUCUGCCAAAGCAUUGGGAUACUUAAUUGCAUGAUUAGUUAAUGUUUUGUUUUGAUUUAUAUUUUUGAUGCGUUAAUUGUUUUCGUACGUCAUCAAGCCUUUCAGUUCAUCACGAUUUUCUCAUCAUUGUGAGCAUAACAGUUACAUUGUAAGGGGUUUUAAAUGGGUCGAUAAGACUCUAGCUCUAGCCUGACUACCAAUCCGUAGAAUCGGAGUUCGAAACCACGUGCUUGAAAUACCAAAUGAUAAACAAAAUUUUCCCUAAUAGUGGUCGCUCCUCGGCAGGCAAUGCCAAACCUCCGGUACGGACUUGACUGAUUUGACUUAUUUUGAACAGAAAUAAUAAAGUCUGCGAUAUUUUCGGUACUUCAACGCCCCGAUAGGAUCAAUCAACAGUGGAUAGGUUGACCAGAAUUUACUUAAUUUACAAUAGCACUUACAGCAGGCUAGACCGAGAGAAGAAAUUUGUUUUUUUUAAGGCUUAUUUCGCGACAUGACUUUUGGCUCAUUUAAAUAUUUACCGUAAUCAUCCCGGAAACAGGUGAAAUAUUUGUUUGAUAAUUUCUUUACUUUUGGUUCUUUUUUAGUGUGAUGUAAAGUUGGAAAUUUUUUACCUUUGCUACUACAUCCCUCUUUUAACAAAAAAAAAAAAUAAUUUUUAAAAUGUUUAAUUUUAUGGUAACUAAAAUUGAGUUUCGUGGAGUAAAAUUCUAAGCAAUUGAUUUUAUUGGUCGGAGGAGCUACUGUAAGUUAACUUUAACCUAAAUUCAUAAGGACCGAAAAAAUGUUACGUACUUUUGAAGUUACGAAUUUAGACUCAGAUUUCUGGUAGUCAUUUUUCCUUCGUUAACUUCAUAAUCAGAAUGUGAACCUUGCAUGGUGUUUUGACAUUAGCAAAUCUUAAAACGCGUUUGCAUUUAAAUAAAAAAUUGUAGGAUCCCUAUCGAAAACCACUAUAUAUGAGGGCUUGGGUAAAGCUUUUCAGUCGGCAUUGUGUAUGAACAGAAAGUCGAAGAAAGUAUGAAAAUGCAGUUGGUAGGAGAACUUACAGCAAUUUGCUCUGCUGUUAGAGACUCCUCAUAAGCUCAACAAGGUUUAUGGAGAGUUGAAGUAUGGAGUUAAUGUGGUAGUGGCAAGUGAGUUGUUACAACAUUUACUUUUGCGUGUGCUCCGGUGUUUAUUGAUUGUGCCACGAGGUGCAAAGAUAUCUCUACUUGAAGUCAAAUGGCUCUUGCUGUCGUGAAGCGACUCGUUUACUAGUUGCGACUCUUGAUCUUGAUGAAAUGUUUAAUGCUAUGAUUAAAAAUAAUAUUAAUAAUAAGAACACCUGUGCCAGCUGCUUGAACCGAGCCGCGUUUUCCAUGUACGGUUUGCGUCUUCAUGUCGCCCCUAUAGUUUUUUGCUGCCUCCGCACGGCAGGCAAGUUUUUAUGAGAAGCCUUACGUUCAAGAUCGCAGCUGGCUAUAAAAGUAUUUCCAGAAAAGUACAUUUAUUAUAAGAGCAACCUACCGAAAUGUAUUUGUGACAUUAGUAGCUAUAAGAUAUUUAUCGAAAUACAAUUGAAAGAUACAAGCAAGUCUCUAUUACAAACUGACUUUAAGUACAAACAGCUCAAGUGUCCUGCAUGCGUUUGGCUAAACGUCUCACUUAUUAAUUGGUGAUACCCAUUGAUAAUGAUCUCUGUUUUGAAGCCACUUGUCGUUAACAAAUUAGAAAAAGAGCAACUGACACUCAGUAUUUUAAUGUCAUGGAUUUGCUACUUUUAGCCCUUAUUUUCCUGUAAAUGGGAGUGUCUGUAUGUUUACGUAAAUGUGUGCGCUGAAAAUUCCGAAGAAUCUUUCCAAAUCAGUAAUAAGUAUAUAAAUAAAUCUUUAUUGGCUUAGGAGCCACUUUCGACGUAUAGAUGUAUGCAUGCACAUCCACUACUUGGAAAUGAUGAAACGUAUUUAUAAAGAGUGAGGUUUUUCAUUUCAAAUUCCCUAUAAUUCCUGCAGUGCGCGCCACAAUCCACUUUAAAUUGCACUCAUAAGAACUUUGAAAUCUCUCACAAUCCCUUUUGCUCACCCUUCGCUCCAUAUCAUACAAAUUAUCAGCAAUCAAAAAUUCUAAGCACACGUUCACAGUCGCAAUUUAACGAUGGUAUCAUAGCAAGACAUAAUCCUUAAAAAUACUUCAAUGGAGACAAAUACAUACUACGGCAUCAGUCAUACGGGUAUGUGUGCAUGUGUGUACGACAAAAGGUCCUGCAGACUGAAAAGUAUUAUAAUAAAAGCAGUAGUAACCAUUGGCCGACUGGCGACGCACGCUGAUUUUCUGGCGCUCACAUAUGCCUUCCGGUUCAAGUGCUCUGUUCACGAGAAAGCAAAAAUAAGCGGCGAAGCCAAGUGUUGCAAAGAUAAAAAAUGAGAAUUUCCACAAACACAAACACAUACACACACACAUAAAAAGACGUUAAAACAAAAAAUAAAAAUAAAUGGUACACCAGCAUUCAGCGUGCGGCGGCAUAUGUGCUAUGCUAUGUUUUUAUGUGUUGUCUUCCACCAAUGACAUCAGCAUGUCAGUCACGUUUCGUCCUUUUUGAAAGCAAUGAAGUGCACAAACACAUACAUAUAUGCACAUUUAUGCUCAUGCAUGGCUACAUAAGAAACCUGCAAUGGAAUUGAAUGUUUUUUUCCAACCGAGUUUUUGCCGAAUAAAGUCAACUCUGCCCACUUUGUAUUUUCAAAAGCACUCACUGUUGGCUUAGCAUCUUUGAAAUGGCCGCAUUUCCGUUAGCUAGUAACUACUUACUAUGAAAUUAGAAAAAAAAUAACAAAUAUACCCGACAUGUUUCCUUCUUCAUUAGCGAUAUUUUUUGCUAGCACUCCUAACGAGUGCCUGUUUGAACUGGAUAGCUCUGCGGAAGUUAUGCCUUCAUUAGGUACCAUAGAGGAAAUAUGGAACCAAAAGAGUUAAAAAAUAUGAUUUUAUGAAAUUAAAUAGCUUAGCGGGAGUGGAGAUUUUCUGCUUUUGAAAAAAGUUCUGCAUCACAAAAUUGCACAAAUCUCCUAAGUUACUAGUCCGAUUUUAAAAGCGAAACUUAUAUUUGAAUGUUACUUUAAUUGAUAUUUUUAUUCUCUAAUUAAACUUGUUGCAUUAUUUCUGUUUUAAAAAAGUUUUUUUUUUACUUUCCGCAUCCAUUUGAUAUGGGUGCCAGGGCAAAGUGACAUCCCAGCGGACUGUGAGACAGACAAAUUAGCAAGAGAGGGCAAUACCACUCGCUUCCCUUUUGGUAUGGAAAUUGUAGGCAUACCCCUCUCCCCCCCUCUCCAAACUGCGUGGUACGAGUAGCAUUGCCACUUCAGCCAACACAAGACGGAUUGAUAGUCUGUCAUAUUCGGCUACAAAAGAAUUUGGCCAAAAUGGGGCAUCAGACGCUCAAAGGCGCUGCUCAAUCGGCCAAGGAAAAACGUCCCUCUGUUAGUUGCUUUGAUCAUAGGCCACUGUCUCCUAGGUCAACAUGCUCAAAGAUUAAACCUUCUUCAUUUCAACUAUUGCAGAAGUUACACGAAUGAGGAGGAGGAAAAGUCUGUGUGACAUCUUCUCCGCCACUGUCCUGCAUGAUAUGUCACUAGAUUUAAGUAUUUCGCUCAUCGUUCUUGAAUGAUACUGAUGACUUUAGGGAAAUAAGUGUCUGCCAAAUCAAUAGGUUUGCUACUGUGGGUACAUAAAUGGAUAAACUGCUAUUGCAUCACAAUGGAUCGGCAAGGGUCUACGUGAGUUGGUUUAGAGACCGACAGCCACUGCCAACUACCUUCCUGGUAUACUUUCAUUAAGUAUGACACUUUUCGAGUUGCUUCACAGCCAAUUUAUUGUAAUGACAAGAGGCUAAGUCUGGCCAAAAGAAAAAAGUGAAAAUCUCUUAAGCUCAAUCUAUUUUCCAAGCACUCUUUUAUGUACUUUAAAUGCAUUUGUGAGUUUAUUGUUCACGUAGUAGCAGAAUACCUGCUUCUUUCGCCACAGCUGCAGAUUGCUUGCCCAAACUAUGGAUUUAGAAGAAAAUUUUGACCGAUUUUUUGACGCAAAGUUUUCGUCGCAUUCCCCGCGAGCUUGUAGUGUACAACUCCGGGUCUGGAAGUUGUCAAAGUUAUAUAUAUAUAUAUAUAUAUAUAUAUAAUUGGCGCGUACUCCCUUUUUGGGUGUUUGGCCGAGCUCCACAAAUGGAGAGACCUACAGUUUUAAGCCGAUUCCGAACGGCAGAUAUUUUUUAAGAAAACAUUUUUCAUGGCAGAAAUUCACUCGGAGGUUUGCCAUUGCCUGCCGAGGGCGACCGCUAUUCUUAAUUUUGGAGUUUUCACCGAAAUUCGAACCAACGUUCCUCUGUGAAUUCCGAAUGGUAGUCACGCACCAACCCAUUCGGCUACGGCGGCCGCCAGAUGUCAAAGUUGCCUAAAAUAUAAACAUCUCGUCGUUUAUGAUACAGAAAUCGAAUUAGAACAAACAUCCGUUUUUAGCUUUCCGGGACGUUUUUUUUUUGUCUCUGGCUUUGCAUUCUUCACAGCGUUUGGAGCUUUCUGCACUUUGAGCGUCUUGAUACUAGCCUCUGUUUUGCUCUGCGGACAAAAAACUCGGACCUUCUACCCUCCCGAAAUUUUGGCAGGUUUCUGUGGUAGUGAUGAUUUGGUUUUUCUUAUUUUGAUCACCUUUGAUUUUUUUUUACCGGAACCUGACUUCCGAGCAACAACAAAGUCUCCUUAAUAUUCUUGAAAACUCUUUUGUUAACAGAGAUUUUGGAAUUAUUUUUAUUUCCAGAGUAAGAUAUGCACUGAGGGGGUCUUGAAACUUUGUAAAGUAGUAAAAGCGUCUAGCAAAAAUAUUUCAAAAUGGUAUUUUUUAGACAUGUACACAUACAUACAUACAUAUACAUAUAUGUUUCGAAAUAAAUUCAAUUUGAGUUAUUAAAUUUUUUUUUUUUAAUUUUGUCAAGCGCAGUCUUUAAAUAUAUGUUUAAAGCUACCCCAGCUCUUGCCGUAAUAUAAGUCUAUCAUUGUUUAUGAGAUUUUUGUUCAAUAAACAGAACCCAGUCGAAGAAGUUUUUGGCGCUUCAAAUGAUCGGCAAGAGGCUUCAAUUCUUUAGUUAUUCUGUACUUCUAAGUGAGUACAAAAAUACGUCAACUUAUCGGCAAAUAGAUUUCAAAUUUCUGUGAAGGGCGUGAAAUUGACUGAUGUGACUCGUUUUGAACUAAAGCAUUAGUUAGAGCUCGGAGAUAUUUGAGAAAUAUUUCGGCUGCUUCGAAUGUUGUGUUGUCUCACUGGCAUAGGAACAUUAUACGAAAUAAGUGUUAGCUCAUAUUUAUUCACUAGACCACAUAUAAGCUGUUUGGUACUACCACAAUUAUUACAAUUAAUAUAAGCGACUUACAGUUGCGGUAGUAAAUUUUAAUAAAAAAUUCACUGCAAUAAAAAUUUUGAAUGAUGUUUUGGCCUUUCAAUCAUAAACAAUUGUAAGGCUGGUUUUCACAUAUAUUGUGCAUAGGGACUUUGACAAUUUAUUUAUUUCUUCUUAAUUUUUAAUAUUUUUUUAUGAAUAUAUUCUUAGUUCAAUCUGCUACAAAAAUCAUAAAAAUCCAAAUUCAAACUUUAAACAAGUAAAAAAAAAUGUCCAAAAAUGUCGACCAAAUUUAGAAACUUUUAAUCAGAAUUUUUAGAAAAUUUUCGAGCAAACAGUUCUAUAACCUACUCAAUUUAGUUAUAACAGACUAUAGAGGGCUAAGUCAUAGCUACUUUCCAAAAUGGUAAUCAUAUUAUUUUUUUUUUAAAUCAUAUUUUCUGCACAAUUUUAGUAAUUUUAUUUUGCUAAUUAUUGAAUUAUUUUCCUGAAAGAUGAUAGUCUGAAACUUGCCAAAGCCUUUCUCUUUGGGAGCACCUCACGGUCUUUUCACUUCCUUGAAAACCCGACGGCUAUAAGUUUAGUACAAAAUCUAACACGUGUAGUAAAAAAUGUGUCCAUUUAGCCUUUGUUAGGUAUUUAGACGAGCAGGUCCUUUAAUUCGUUGGUGUGCGUGUUAUGCCGCCUGCGAGUUCCACUCGGGUUUUAUAUAUUCUGUUUUUUCCGUCCCCUUAGUAUUAAAAUAGCCUAUAAAUUUUUUGAUGUUUUGCGAAAAUGAAUUUCAAACUUUUUGUCGAAAGUAGCUCUCACUCAAAUCUCGUUAUGUCUGUAAAUAUUUAUUAUUUUUGACUGACGUUUUGACGCACUUUGUGGAACUAGAAUUUGACCAAAUUUUGACCACAUAUAAAAUCGACGAUGGAGAAUCCAAAAAUUCAAUAAAAAAAUAAUAGCCUAUGAGCACAUAGGCUAUUGUUAUACUAAGGGGACGAUAUACACUCUAGACUGGAUGACGAAAAUAAGUUGACAAUCACGCCUCCUAGUUGGAAAACUGACUUCAAAAUGAUUUUCAGGGCAUACAAAUUUUCUUUAUUGUCGAGUACUGAGUACAGUAUCGUUUUUUUUCAUAACUUUUUUAUUUAUUACUCGAUUCCAAAUUGUGAUACUUCGUUGAGAAGAUAAUUUUGUAUAUCUUUCGCGCAUUCGUUUAUCCUAGAAUGCCUUUAUUAUUUUGGUCAACGAUGAAAAUUGCUAUGGCCUCUCAAAGUAAUUAUUUGAAAUUUCAACGUGAAAAUUAAUGAUAUUUUAGUCAUUCUCUAUUCUAAACUUGUAAAAUAGCCCAUUCACUGGUAUUGUAGCGGCUUCAUCUAAAAGGGGUGAGAAUUGGUGCACUCCACUUACAAAUAUAAAAAUCUUCUUGAGCAUACUUAGGGGCGCCGCUAACUUACUUUGUUGAGAUAUUUAUCACAUACCAACCCACACAUACGCACGCACACAACCACACACCUAAUACGAGAAUAUUGUACUUACAAUUGAUGAGUGAGUGAAAAUCUUAAUAAACUGAUAAAACAAAAAUGGAAAUUAUUACGAAAAGAGCUUAUCCUGCUGAUAGACAACUUACGCUGCUAAAUUUGUAUGUGCAUAGGUAUAAAAAAAUUUGUAUUGUAUACGUGUAUCUACAUGCAUGCGAGUAUGUAGGUCAAAAAUCAUAUCAUGGCAACCAGUGAUGAAGGGAAAAUUGUUACAACAAUAAAAUUAUAAGCUCAAUUGUUUGUGUAUAGAGAUAAUAAGAAAAUAGUUAUACCAGAUAUUCAGACAGAAUUCCGCAGCAAGGCUAGUUGUAAAAUAAGAGGAGGAAAAACUGAAACUUAAGAUGUAAUGAAAAGUAAUGCAAAACACUUGUUAAAUGAGUUAAUUGGAAAUUCAAGCUAGAAGAAACAAAAAAAGCAAUAAAAAAAUAAAAAUAAAAACAGCGCACUUUAAAAAGAUAGGUAUAUAAUACAUUCAUAAUAUAAUUCAAAAAGCUUUGAAGAGGAGUAAAAAAUGUAUGAAAAAAAUGACAAAAAAAUAAAAAAAGACCGAUAUCGUAAGAAUCGCAGCUAUGUUGAGAAUUCUGUGUAAAAUGUGGCUACAAAAAAGGUGAGAAAAUCGAAAAACCGCGGCAGUUAUCUUCAAAACCGUAAUAUAUGCAACUCUGGAGAAAAUUUGUACUCCAAAUCUUGCUGCCACGUAAGUGAAAAAGAAUUAAAAACGCCGAAAAAUGGUUUGCAUAAGCUAAAAUUCAUUUAAAAUAUGGCGCCAACAAAAAUGAAGCAAAAACAACCUAAAAAUGUUUUUACAUACGCUUAAAAUGGCAGCUGCUGUGAAAAUUUUCAUUUAAAAUGUUUGUGAAAAAAUCGAAACAUGUUCAGAAAUUAUUUCACACACAGUUCGUGUCAAUAAAAAGCAGCAAAACUGCUGUCAAGUGUAUAAAAAUACUUUUUUUUUUUCGAAAUGUACAAAUAAAUGCAAGUUAAGGGCGUAAAUAUUUAACAUUCAUAAAAGUGAAAUCGAAAAUAAAUGUAGCUGUAUACAAAAUCACAAUUGAAACAAGAAGUUGAUGUACUUAAAAAUACCUGUAGUUGCAUAAAGCAACACAACUUUGCAGCGGAGACGUAUUUUUCGCUCUUUCUAUCCACACUUUUGCUCUUUCACUACUAAGCGCUCCAUACUACAAGUACUUCUUAGGUACUUAUGUACAUACAUUUGUAGGUGUGUACUAUGAGCUAAAUAAAAUUACUUUUUCAUGCUUCAAAUGGUUGUAAAUAGUUUCAUUUUCUUCGAAGUUAAAAUUCGGGUAACUUGUAUUGUAAAUAACUUAAAUCUAUAACAAAUAAUAGUAACUGUAAAAAAUUACAUAUAUGUAUAAAAUGUCUUAGUAGUAUAUAUUGUAGUAGUAUGCAAAAACUAUAAUAUAUACAUAAGUAUACUUAAGGAAAACUUAAUGCUAUUAAAGAAUUAGUAAACGGCUUUGCCAGCAGUGAUGUUCGAAAUCACACUUGAACCACCACUGUACUACUACUACUACUAAAUACUUGUAUGUAUUUGAAUAAAUUUCUAAAUAAAUAUGUAUGUUUGUAAUGGCAAAUAUAACAUAUUUGCAUAUACAUAAGUAAGUAAACACCUACAACACAGUGAUAUUUAUUAAGCUUGUCAUGUUGCUGCCUUCACUACAAAAGCCAUCAUGACACAGAAGAAGUAUUUCAUAGUAGAACUGUGAAUUCAAACUAUAGUAAAACCUAAACAUUCCUUUUCAAGAGUUCAACAUAACAAAACUUAAGCUACUUAAUUCUAUUUGUUCAAACAUGUACAUAGUACAUACACACAUACAUACCUAUACAUACAAUACAUUCAUAUUUAUGUAUAUCAACCCUAUGCAUUUCCAAGUACAAUAUAAAAAACCAUUAACAAUAAUUUCAGAAUCUAUUAAGUUGAACUUUGUGAAUCAGAAACUGAACUACAACUAUCACUUUCACAAUCACUUACACACACAUACGCAUACAUAUUAUCAUACAAAAAUACAACUGCAACUGCAACUGAUGCUACCAAAGACUAGUCCUAAUAAAUGUAAGAACUAUUGCUGAGAUUAAUUGUCGAAUGAAUAAUAAAAUGCAUGCCCACAUUUAUAUAAACAUGUGCACAUACAUAUGUAUGUAUUUAUGUAUUUGUGUGCAAGAGAAAUGUAUGAUAAUAACUCAAUAAAACCGAAAACUGGAACAAUGCAAGCGAGCAAGAACGAACGUACACGUAAAUGAGACAAAUGCAUACAGCCACACAGACACACACAUCUACACAUACACUGAGAUGAGUAGGAGUUGUAAGCCAGUGCAGUGUACUCGAAAAGAAAUAAAUUUUCCAUUAAAUACCUACACAUGUACAUAUGCAUACAUACAUGCAAACCUAAAUUAAUAUGUAAGUGUACAUAUAUAUAGAUAUAUACUUGUAGUUUUAAAAUGAAUUUAACUAAUUGCAAUAAUAAAUGUUUUAAAUAUUACAUAAAUAUCAGCAUUACGUCAAUACUUUCUACCAAUGCGUUUCAACCCACACACAAAGACAUACAUCUACACACACAGACAAAUGAAUUUAAUACCAAAUCCGUUUCAUCAUACUUAUGUAUCCAUGCAUAAGUGCAACAAAUGUGAAUUAAAUCAAUUGAAAUCCAAAUGUGAAAUAUAUUAUGAAAUUUGAAAAUAUCUAAGCGAGGCAUUAAGGCAUACAAAUGGCAUUCAAAGUAAUUAAGCGUUGUGUAUAGCAAAUUGUAAGCUACGAGUAAUAACAAGAAAACAAUAAAAGUAAAAAUAACAAAAAUACGAAAUACAAAAACAGCUACUUAAAGAGAAAUUUAAAAAGCAACCUACUGUUUCAACUAAAGCAAACUAAAUACUAUCAGCAACCGAAAAUGUUUCCUUCUUGUGUGAGUUACAUACCUACAUAAAUACUUACGUAAAUCCAGUAUACAUAUUAAAUACAUACAUAUAUAGAUACUUAAAUGAAAUUUAAUUCGAUAUUUAAAAUUAAUAAAUACUUAAUAUACGUGAGAAGAAAAUACAAAUUAUUAAAAUUCAACUAAGUAAAAUAAAAUAAAAAAGAAUCUUGAAAUAUUAAAUAGAAGUGAUGUUUUAUUUCCAUCUGGCUGUCAUGGCAAGUAAGCGCAUACAUUAACGUGGGAUGAAAAGUGGU